AUGUUCGGUUCAUACAGCUCCAUCAGCUCCAUGUGCGCGUCCUCCGCGCCCAUGGACAUCGCGUCUCGCAACAUCUACCGAUCUCAGGAUUCCGCCUGCGCUUUCCCUUCAUGGCCUCGACGUGACUCUCUUUCUGAGUCCGACCGUGAGGAGCGACCUACUUCUUACCUCUCCGACGACGACCUCUUCCUCUCCGAUCCCUUCGAUGAUGAUGCUCAGAGCGUCUCCAGCGCUGGUAGCUCUUCUCCCGGUGCCAUGGCCUCGCCUCCUAGCCGCAUCUCCGACUUCGAGCUUCUCCAGGCUGAGCGCGAACGCCAGGCUGCCAUCCAGCGAGAGUGCAUCCGAGUUGUCAACCUCGAGAAGGAGCGUCGACGGGCCGCCGCACGAAAGCAGCGCCGUAGCAGUUCUCACAAGAAGAGCCCCAAGACCAAGCUCACCUCCAUCAACGAGGAGGCUAUUGAGUAA